CCAGCCUAUCCUGUCUUUAGAACUCAGGAUUAUCCUAGACACACACACAUCAGUUCAAAAAUGAGAUAUUUUACACCACUGGAUCAUCCAGGACCAUGAGCUAUCCGUUCUUCUAGACAUGGAUUUCCAUCCAUCCGUCUCAGUGAGGAGAAACUGGAACCAAGUGAGUGAGUGAGAGGUGGAGAAGUGAGUCAAGGUUAAGGUUUAAGUUGACUCCAGGUCCAGGUUAGAGUACAAGGAUACUUGACAACAUGGCUUCAGGAACAUCAAGUCUUAUUCAACCAGGUCGACCCCAGAGACAGACCUACCGAAGAGCAAACACAUCCCUAAACCUUGGCGGAGAAAACUCAGAUCUUUUCCGUUCCUGCUCUAGUAUUCUUGACAAGUUUGGAGCUAAACCGUCCAGAGAGAACCUGGCGGUGAUAAAUGGAACUGCUCGGGUAGGAAGAUCUCCCAACAGUACUUCCUUCAAGGAUUUAAAUAGUUCCACCUUUAAGGAAUUCCUACUCGGUCGAUCUAAGCCGGAACCUGCUUAUCCACCAGAGUUGAAGGUUGACCGGGGUCUUGAAUCUCGCCUUCCGGUCACAACACGCCAGCCUAAAUACAGUUACCUAGUCAGCAAACCAGCCAGUACCAAUUAUACUGUCCCAACCACAUCUUCAUUCAGUUAUAGAGAUAGCAGUUACAAUACUGAUGCAAGAAAAGCAGUUCAAUCCUAUCCAACCUCUUACCCGCGACCUGAUCCGAUCAGUUCAGCCUACUCUAAACCCGAGACAAGUUAUUCUAAACCAGACUCAAGCUUCUCCAGACCUGAGUCCUCGUAUAAUCUGACAAAUUCUUAUUCUAAAACUGAUCUGAGUAGUUACUCCAGACCGGAGUAUAAUGAAGAUAGUUAUUCCAAACCAGAGAGUUCUUAUUCCAAACCGGAGAGUUCUUAUUCCAAACCGGAGAGUUCUUAUACUAAAACCGACCUCUCCUACAGCAAACCAGAGUUAUCCUACUCCAGAACGGAUCUAUCCUACUCGAAACCAGAUGUAUCCUACAGAGGGGAAUCCUAUACCAAACCUGACUACUCGCUAUACUCGGAAAGGAAGGGUAGUGAGUCCUAUACUCCGGGUACCUACUCCAGUACUACUCCAGGUACCUACUCCAGUACUAGGGUUGCAGAUGGGAUCCAGGAUCAGUAUAAAGUUCCGACUUAUGAAGAUAGAAUCAACUCCGUUCUUAGAAAAUAUCCAAAAUACAGCAGUGGACCGGAUCAUGCAGGAUCUAGUACAUCUAUACAGAAGAGUCGAAGUUAUUCCAACUUUGAUAGUUUGAAACGAACAGACGGAGAUCUGUUUAGAAAUGUGAAUACCAUGGGACAGAUAUCAGAAAGCUCAACGCCCCGGCGUCCUGUAGUCUAUAAGAAAAGUUUGACCAGCCGGCUACCAGCUACUAACUAUGACGAGCCUGUUGUCGAGGAUAGGCAGGUUCAACGGAAGAAAGAAGUUGAUGAUCUUAUUUCAAAAUAUGCCAAGAAAAAGGAUAAUAAAGACGAGAUGAAGAACGGGAGCUCAACUAGGUUCUCAAGUACAUCCUAUGAUGUACCGGAUUCAACCUAUUCCUCUGGAGAAUAUGGAUCAUUGCUGGACAGAGGUUCAGCUCUCAGGGGUAGCAGAACCAGUUUAUUAGGUAUCCAGGACUCCGGGUUUGGUAGUUCCAGGUUCCUGCAGUCUUCCAGCUCCUCCACCAACCUCGGACCCAGCCUCUCCUCCAACCUUAACCAGAACUAUCCCAUGCAGAGGGUUCAGACCGCGGAUAAACCUCUGAAUAGAGCACAGAAAACACUGAGCAUGCAUGGUAUACCCUCACAACCAACUCAACAUUCACAAAAUAGAUCAAGUGUUGGAGGUUCCUCUAGUUGGUGGUGUGCUCCAUUCGGAGCUGGAGCUGGAACAGGAGCUGGAGGAGUUCAGGAACCUGAUUAUAUUCCUCAACGUCUUCAACCUCAAGCUCAACCAUGGGCUCCUCCUCAACCUAAGGUUUGUCCUAUCCAAGAUGAUGAGGAUGGUCAUCUAUCCUACAAGCUCGGGGACAUAAUAGAAAAUGAUAAUCAGCGAUAUAAAAUCUUGGCAACUCUUGGAGAAGGAACGUUUGGGAAGGUUGUGAAGGUUAAGGAGUUAAACACGGAUAAAGUGAUGGCUUUGAAAAUUAUCAAAAAUGUGGAUAAAUACAGAGAAGCAGCUAAACUAGAGGUGAAUGUACUGGAGAAACUACAAGAAAAAGAUCCCCAAGGAAAACAUUUGUGUGCUAAGAUGCUGAGCUGGUUUAACUACUGGGGGCACAUGUGUCUUCUAUUCGAACUACUGGGACUUUCAGUUUUCGAUUUUCUGAAAGAGAACAGUUACCAUCCCUAUCCUUUAGAGCAAGUUCGUCACAUUAUUUACCAACUGUGCCAUUCAGUUAAAUUCAUGCAUGAGUGCAGGCUUACUCAUACAGAUCUCAAGCCGGAGAAUAUUCUUUUCUGUACUUCAGACUGGGAGAUAUCAUAUAAUGCUCGAAAGAGAAAGGAUGUGAGAAAAGUGAAGAAUACUGAAGUUCGACUGAUUGAUUUUGGAUCAGCUACAUUCGACUGGGAACAUCAUAGCAAGGUUGUAUCUACUCGACACUACAGAGCUCCAGAGGUUAUCCUGGAGUUAGGUUGGUCUCAACCCUGUGAUGUAUGGAGUAUAGGUUGUAUAAUGUUUGAGCUGUAUCUUGGGUUCACAUUGUUCCAAACUCAUGAUAACAGAGAACACUUGGCAAUGAUGGAGAAAAUUCUUGGCCCCCUCCCAGCAGGAAUGACUCGGAGAACUAAAACUAAAUAUUUUAACAAUGGAAAACUAAUCUGGGAGGACGGUUCAUCUGCUGGCAAAUAUGUUAGAGAAAACUGCAAACAUAUCAAGGUUGGUCAUACUUUUUUACAAAUUAGACAGAUUGGACAUUUAUCCAUAGAUAUUGAUAUAUACGACGUCGACUGUGCAAUACAUUUUUUAUUGUUUCAGGCAAUGCUUGUGUACGAUCCCAGUGAAAGAAUUGUGUUAGACGAAGUGUUAAGGCAUCCAUUCUUUGAGAAAAUAUCAUUCCUACAUCGGCUGGAUCUUAGAAGAUAGCCGUUCAAUCUGGAACUUGUGAAUUUAAGUUAUUGAAUCGGCACACCUAUUUUGUAUAAGGAUCUGUUUUUGGUUCUGCUGUUUCUAUGUCAGCUAAUGAGCUGCUUCCAAAUUAGCAAUAUCUUCAAAAACUGUUCUUAACUUGAAUCAAUAGCUAGUCAACUCGCAAUCUGCAUGAACUCAGCUUUUUCUUAAUUUACAUCCACAUUCGUCAUAAACAGUUUUAUUAGCAGUAACAUUACCUGUAAUGGUUUAUUUUAUAACUUUUUCCUCUUCAAAAUCAAUCCGAUUUUGCUAAGUGAAAUCUAAAACAUUUAAACAGUUUAAAAUUACAUAAACUGACUUUUCUGGAAGUGCCACAGAUUCAAAAAAACACAUUAUCUUAAACUGAUUUUUAAAAAUCAGCUUUAAGAGAUUUCAAAGCCAUAUCUGAAACUAUAAUUAACGAAGUAGUUAUAACGAUGUGAACGCAUUCAAAAACAGUGAUUUAGUUGGAAAGGUGAUUUUCAAACAUUUGUUCACAUAAAUGUACAGUUGAAAAGAAAAUGGUGGAUGGUAAACAGCUGACUCACAUCUGAGAAAAUCUACGAAAACUAAAGCACAAUUCGAAACUAAGAAGACGAAUACUGAUAAAGUAGUAAAAAUUCCCAUGACAACGACAACGAUAGUUUCCUAACUUGUUUGGGUGCAAUACAUUUGUUUUACAUAGCCUGUACAGACAUUGUACAUAUGUAAACAAAUGUGUACAUAAAGAUGCUUAACCGCUCAAUCCUAGAACAUUCUGAUCGGAUAAUUUUAUUCUAAAGUGUACAGCUGUAAAUAAUAUUAUAUAAAAUAAUUUAUAUAAAUCUAUGAAAUGAUAAUUAAGACAAUUUCUGAGUUUUAAAACUUUCAUUUUGCAGAAAUUCUGUUUUUAAUCUAUGAAUUUUAGAGAAAUUUAUCACUAAAAAAUCGGAAAUUAUCAGAAAAAUGCUUAAUUUCUCAAUUUAUAAUGAUAUUUAUUGCAAAGUUAGUAAAUGCAUAAAAUUCAAGACUUAUUACACAGACACGUGAUAUUAUCUAUAUCCUUAUUCUAAACCAAUUUCAAAAUGGCCGCACAGGUCGUCUUCUAUACAGUCUAGAUAUUUUUUUGCAAUACUUAACUUUGGGAAUGAUGUACCCAGUAGUCCAUAGUCAUUCACAACUAAGCAAUCCCUAGUCAAUAUUAUUUAAAGAAUAUAUAUAAAUAUAUUUAGUUUUAUAACUUGUUAAUCAGACAAGAGGUGAAGACGACAUUUAGUAUAUUUUGUACAUGCCUUGCUCCCUUUUUCUAAACAUAAAUUAUAGAUUGCAGUUUUAAGCAAUUCUACUUGUUCGAUCCAAAUAUAUAUUGUUAAUAGUA